GCGGCGGCGAUCAAAGCCGUGCGGAGUAUCCGGGAGAGCGGUCGCGUUACGCUCGGUGCUUUCCUCGUCGCGCGAAUUCUCGAAGUCGGGAGUCGCACGUAUUACGUUAUACGUAUAUACGUGUGCGCGCGCGGUUCGCGGCAGCCGGGUCGAUGUGAAGAGGAGAAGCGAAAAACGCGAAGGGGAGAAGUGGCGCAAGAGCGAAAGAUGACAGCUCGGCGUGUGAUUUGACAAGUGGAGAAGAUAGCGUCCGAUGGGAAAAGUGCCCUGUUGAAUACCGCGGUGGUUGACGGGGACUAGUGGACUUUAAGGUAUCCGCCGCGCGCGCAACCCUGCGUAUGUAAACUUCUCCGAUAUCGGGAUUCCCAGGCGUGGACCGAAGUUGAGAAUUAACGAGCGGAAGUAUAAGCGGAACGAGGGCGGCGAGGACGACGGCGGUGGCGGCGGCGGCGGCGGCGGCGGAGGUGGCGAGGGUGACGAGGGUGUGAGACAACGAGAGGGUGAAUCGACGGUACGGCUGAAGGAUGACGGGCGAGGACGGAAAGCGCGGUGGCGGCGCCGGCGACGUUAACACUGGAGCAAAUAUGAACACGAACGUCACCGAUAACGUCAAUAAUGUUAACGCCAAUGUUAACGCCAACAUAAACGUCAGCCAGCAGAACGGCGGACCGGAAAAGGCUCCCGUAGUCGGCGGUACCAACGUGGAGACGCUGCCACGCGCCGGCAAACAGAGUGAUCCUAGUACUGCAUUUUUACGGGCAGCUCGUGCUGGGCAACUCGAGAAAGUUUUAGAAUACUUGGAAUCUGGAGUAGAUAUUAACGCUUCUAACGCCAAUGGCUUAAACGCUUUGCACCUGGCAGCUAAAGACGGCCACUUGGAAAUCGUGAGAGAACUCCUAAAUCGCGGCGCAAUUGUGGACGCCGCUACCAAAAAGGGAAACACGGCAUUGCACAUAGCUUCUCUUGCUGGACAAGAGGAGGUGGUACAAGUGCUAGUACAACGAGGUGCUUCUGUGAAUGCACAAUCGCAAAAUGGGUUCACACCGCUGUACAUGGCUGCCCAGGAAAAUCAUGACUCUGUGGUCAAGUACCUCCUCUGUAAGGGUGCGAAUCAAACAUUGGCCACAGAGGACGGUUUCACUCCAUUGGCGGUGGCUAUGCAACAGGGUCACGACAAGGUAGUGGCCGUUCUAUUAGAAAAUGACACCCGUGGUAAAGUUCGACUGCCUGCCCUACACAUCGCUGCUAAGAAAGACGACUGCAAAGCGGCUGCCCUACUUUUACAAAACGACCAUAAUCCCGAUGUAACAUCGAAAAGCGGUUUCACUCCACUUCACAUAGCCGCACACUAUGGCAACGACCGAAUCGCUUCCUUGCUUUAUGACAAAGGCGCGGAUGUUAACUUUGCUGCAAAGCACAAUAUCACGCCAAUGCACGUGGCUGCGAAAUGGGGUAAGAUUAAAAUGGUUAAUCUCCUCAUGAGCAAGGGAGCAAACAUCGAAGCGAAAACGAGAGAUGGUUUAACUCCUCUGCACUGCGCGGCCAGAUCCGGUCACCACGAAGUAGUUGAUAUUCUCAUUGAGAAGGGAGCACCCAUUGGCUCAAAAACGAAGAAUGGUCUUGCCCCGUUACACAUGGCUUCUCAAGGGGAUCACGUUGACGCCGCGAGAAUUUUAUUGUAUCACCGUGCACCCGUGGACGAAGUGACGGUGGAUUAUUUGACUGCGCUGCAUGUGGCUGCACACUGCGGUCACGUACGCGUAGCUAAAUUACUUCUUGAUAGAAAUGCCGAUCCUAAUGCACGAGCGCUCAACGGAUUUACCCCUCUUCAUAUCGCAUGCAAGAAGAAUCGUAUAAAAGUCGUCGAACUCCUCCUGAAGCACAAAGCGAGCAUCGAAGCUACGACUGAGUCUGGAUUAACUCCACUACACGUAGCGAGUUUUAUGGGAUGUAUGAAUAUCGUGAUUUACUUACUACAACACGAAGCUAGCCCUGAUAUACCGACAGUAAGAGGCGAAACGCCAUUACACUUAGCGGCCAGGGCGAACCAAACUGAUAUUAUUAGGAUACUUCUUAGAAACGGCGCCCAAGUCGACGCUAGAGCAAGAGAGGAACAGACACCGCUUCACGUCGCUUCCCGUCUGGGUAACGUCGAUAUUGUGAUGUUACUGCUGCAGCAUGGUGCGGGCGUAGAUGCUACAACGAAGGAUUUAUAUACACCGCUUCAUAUCGCUGCUAAAGAAGGCCAGGAGGAGGUUGCAUCCGUUUUAUUAGAAAAUAACGCCUCGCUUACCGCAACGACCAAGAAAGGAUUUACUCCCUUGCAUUUAGCGGCCAAGUACGGCAAUAUGAACGUAGCUCGAUUGUUACUGCAAAAGAAUGCGCCUGUUGACGCUCAAGGAAAGAACGGAGUAACGCCUCUUCAUGUAGCCUCUCAUUACGAUCAUCAAAACGUGGCUUUACUUUUACUCGAUAAAGGAGCUUCACCACAUGCUAUGGCUAAGAAUGGCCAUACACCAUUGCAUAUCGCUGCACGCAAAAAUCAGAUGGAUAUUGCAACUACUUUGCUGGAAUACGGAGCGAAAGCUAAUGCAGAAUCAAAAGCGGGUUUUACACCGUUACAUUUGAGCGCACAAGAAGGCCAUACUGAUAUGUCAACCCUUCUUAUCGAGCAUAAAGCAGACACAAAUCACAAAGCGAAGAAUGGCCUUACGCCUCUACAUUUAUGCGCACAAGAAGAUAAAGUGAACGUCGCAUCCAUUCUUGUCAAGAAUGGUGCUCAGAUUGACGCUAAAACUAAGGCUGGAUAUACGCCAUUGCACGUGGCGUCUCACUUUGGUCAGGCAGCUAUGGUACGAUUUCUCUUAAGAUCUGGUGCUGCUGUUGACAGCAGCACCAAUGCUGGUUAUACUCCUCUUCAUCAAGCCGCGCAACAAGGACAUACACUUGUUAUUAACUUGUUGUUGGAGAGUAAAGCUAAACCGAAUGCUGUAACCAACAACGGACAGACUGCUUUAGAUAUCGCACAAAAGCUCGGUUAUAUAAGUGUCAUUGAAACGUUGAAAGUUGUCACAGAGACUAUCAUCACAACAACUCAUACCGUUACUAUUGAAGAGAAAUACAGAGUUCAAGCACCCGAAUCCAUGCAGGAGACAUUUAUGAGUGACAGCGAAGACGAGGGCGGUGGUGAUGAAAUCGGCACGGCAGCCAUGAAUGUGUACGGGCAGCCUCCGCACGCGCAACACGUGUACCUUCCUUCUUACUACCAGGGCCAAAUGACCUAUACCCGUGAAGAUCCAAUGCUCAGCGACCAACAGCAGUACCGAUACAUGACUGUUGAUGACAUGAAGUCCAUGGGAGAUGACUCGAUGCGCGUGAAUGUGACGGACGACGAGAGAGAUAAUCGACAUUCCGGAGCGCCAACCAUAACAGAGAUGAUUACGAAAGAACAUUAUCAACGUACAAACGCGGCCAAUCUUAAACCAGACAAUGUAGACAUCAAUAGGCAUCCUGUGCAUGUCGGCGAGUCCCUAGAGUCCCUAUGCACUUCGCUGGCAGCUCUCAGUACCGCACCGAAGGGACAAGGGAUGUGGAGGGACAGCUUCCUGGUUUCCUUCUUGGUGGACGCAAGAGGCGGUGCGAUGCGGGGAUGCAGGCAUAGUGGCGUCCGCGUGAUUGUUCCACCACGUAAAGCCGCAAUGCCUAUGCGCGUCACCUGUAGAUACCUGAGGAGAGACAAAUUGACAAAUCCACCUCCUCUGAUGGAGGGAGAAGCGUUGGCCAGUCGCAUCCUCGAAUUAGGUCCCGUCGGUGCAAAAUUCCUGGGCCCUGUUAUCAUAGAAGUACCACAUUUCGCGUCGCUGCGCGGAAAGGAACGAGAAAUAGUUAUUCUACGAUCAGACAACGGAGAGACCUGGCGCGAGCAUACCUUGGAAGCCAGCGAAGAGGCUGUCCAAGAUGUGCUUAAUGAGAGCUUUGAGGGAGAAGAGCUAAGCCAGCUAGAAGAUCUCCAAACGUCUCGUAUCGUAAGGAUACUCACUGUAGAUUUCCCACAUUACUUCGCGGUAGUAUCUCGCAUCCGGCAAGAGGUCCAUGCGGUUGGUCCCGAAGGUGGCACCGUGUCGUCAUCCGCUGUACCACAAGUACAAGCUGUCUUCCCGCAAGCGGCCCUUACUAAGAAAAUCAGAGUCGGUCUGCAGGCACAUCCUAUACCGGCGGAUCUGGUGGCCAAAUUACUUGGAAACAGAGUGGCUGUGUCGCCGAUUGUUACCGUCGAACCGAGACGAAGAAAGUUCCACAAGCCGAUAACUUUAACUAUUCCAGUACCACAGGCGGCUAAUAAAGGCAUGAUCAACCAGUAUUCCGGAGAUGCGCCGACUUUGAGACUCCUGUGCAGCAUAACUGGGGGUCAGACUCGGGCAGUCUGGGAGGACGUCACAGGCUCGACGCCGUUGACCUUUGUGAAAGAUUGCGUUUCCUUCACCACCACAGUUUCCGCCCGCUUCUGGUUAAUGGACUGCCGUAACAUUUCCGAGGCCACGAAAAUGGCCACGGAACUAUACACGCACGCGACACAUGUGCCCUUCAUGGCUAAAUUCGUCGUGUUUGCAAAACGAGUAGAUCCAUUGGAAGCGAGACUACGUGUAUUCUGUAUGACGGACGACAAAGAAGACAAAACUUUAGAGCAUCAGGAACAUUUUACAGAAGUUGCAAAGAGUAGAGACGUCGAGGUUCUUGAAGGAAAAACGCAAUACAUGGAAUUUUCGGGAAAUCUUGUACCCGUUCUGAAAACGGGUGAACAGCUGCAAUUACCGUUUAGAGCUUUCAAGGAAAAUAGAGUUCCGUUUACCGCGAGAAUAAAGGAUCCGGAUGCCGCUGAUAUGAUGGGUCGAAUUAUGUUUAUGAGCGAACCUAAGGUUCCGAGAGGUGAACUGCCGCAAACGCCAAUCUGCACAUUAAAUAUUUUGCUGCCGGAAAAAAUUUCUCCGGAUACCGCGGUCUCCGAGCUUGAUUUGUUGGAAUUGUCAAAGAACUACAGUUUUCUACGCGAUGGUGGAAUAAGCAGACCAGAUGCAAUACAUAGAGCGACCAUUCGAUUAACAGACAUUGCCAAUCUAUUGGAUAAAGAUUGGGAACCGCUAGCGGAAGAGUUGAAUAUCCCACCUAACGACGUGGCUUUAAUAAAACAAGAAUACCCCGAUAAACCUGCACAACAGGCCGCUGCCAUGUUCAAAAUCUGGCAAAACAGUGGAAACAAAGCCACAGGAAACACGUUAGAAAAAGCUCUCAAUAAGAUCGGACGAGAAGAUAUAGUGAACAAAUGUAUCUUCAAUGUUGAGUUAGUGACUGACGACGUCGAAAAAGCUGUGGCGAGAGUCAGACUGGAUCAGCCAGGAUUUGAUUCUCUUAAGGAGGAAUUGGGACCGUCGAGAAACACGUCACUCCGUCGUGAUGCAACUAUGGAUCCUAAAAUGGACCCUGAUUAUGAAGAGUCUGACAGAAUGAAGGACUCUGAAUCAAUGGAGGAUCUCAGUAUCACUGGCACACACGAUAAACCCAAAGAGCACAUCACAAUCACAAACGGCACUGUAUUCAACGGAACCUCGACCCCCAUCAAAGACAAAUAUGCGAGCGACGAGAAAGAGCUCAGCGACAUGAUGGCUGAUUACCUUGAGCACAAAUGCCAUACGACCGACACGAUGAGCAAAAAGUCGCGCGACGAAGUGGACGAUCCGGAGAAAAAACGUCAGAAAGCGAUCGCCGAUGCCAACAAGAUAGUCUCUGGUGUAAUAGCAGACGCAGAGAAAGAGAAGGGGAAGUUAGCGAAGGAAGGGUGGUCGGUGGUUUAUGAUGAUGAUGAUGAUGAUGAUGCGCGGGACAAUAAAGAGGCGCGGGGUGCAAUAGGGCAGACUGUAAUUAAUGUUCAUUUAGAUCAAGCGGCCACCGAGCCGGAAGGUUUCGUUCCCAAAUUAGAGCAAAUCCCUAGUAUUGAACCGCCGAUGAUUAAACAACAUCGUGGUGGGACGCCGGAUCCCAAAGUUAGCACUUCAAAAACAGUAGUUUCUGUUAGUGGUGAUCCGAAAGUAGGUCAGACAGUAGUAACUAAGACUACGGUAAUAAAACAGACUCCGACUGAGACCGUGACUACGAAAGAAACGGUAAUAGUUUCCCCCGAUAAAAAAGACGUUGUUAGCGAGAAAGAGAAACUAUCUAAGGAGGGUAAGGAAGUCGACGAAAAGUUGGGCGCAGUUCCUACGGACGCGAUUGUUACGCAAAAAACGGUAAAGGUCGACACAAUAGUUCGAACUGAUCAAAAGAAGUCAGAAAUUAAAACUCCAGCAGACAGAAAUAAAGAUAAAGAUAAGGAGAAGGAGAAGGAUAAAGAGACUGUUACGAAGAUUGCGAAAACGGCUUAUGAAGAUGUUUACAACGUGCCACAUUCGGUAGACAGCACGGAAGAAAAAUCAGACGAAGAGAAGAAAACAAAGGAUAAGAGCGGCGGAAUUUUUUCGGGAAUUUUUAAAGGCUCCAAAUUGAAGAGAGGCAAGAAAGGUUCAAAGGACACAUCCUUUGACAGUGGUGACGAGGAAUCGAAGGCUGUCCUAACGAAAGUUUCUGAACAGCAGCCAGAAUUUCCUUCUACCGAAGUAACGGAUUCGCAUUUUGACAGCAGAUUACCAGAAAUCACAACUGCACCCGAUGUAAGAUCAGCUACUGUGGAAUUUUUAGAAGAUUCUCGACGAAUCGCUGCAGGCAUGCAUGUACCUUACGAAGAUCUUGCUAAACCAGUGGAGAAAGAAGACAAAAAAACAGAGGCUGCUGAGACCGAUGAUGACGGUAAAGAUAAGACGAGCUUCUUCUCGAGUUUGUUCAAAAGUAAGUCUAAAAAAGACGAAGAUGGAUCUGUCUUACCUGCUAUUCAUGUUGAGAAACCUAAAGAAUCCGCAGAACAAAUCGCAAAAAAAGAGAAGAAAAAGCUGGCAGCAAUCGCAAAGGAAAACGAGGAAUUAUUGGAAUUACAAAUGAAGGAAAAGGAGAAAGAGAUAGAAGCAACUCAGAUUGUCGAAGUGCCUAGCAUAAUCGAAAAAGAAACGGAAAAAGCUGUGAAAACUGGCGCGAAAGUCAUCGAGGAUACCAAAAGCAAAGCAAAGAUCAUUUCAACGGAUGAGCAGCCACCUAGUAAGGAUGACGAAAAGGAAGAAGAUCAAGUAAAGGAGAAGAGUGGCUUCUUCGGUAUCUUUAAGAGUCCAAAAUCCAAGGACAAAAAACUCAAAUCGAAGGAGACAUCCUUUGACAGCGGCGAUGAGGAAAUCAAAGCCGUAACGGAGAAACUCUUGGAUGAUACGCGGAAGAUUGCUGACUCUAGCGUGUUACCGAUUGCGUACAAAAGCGACGGCACAAAAAUCACUCCCAAAGCAGAGGUACGUACUUUCGUGUCGUCUACUCAUUACGACGAUAUUCCUGCGGAUAAAGUCAGUAAAUCUUACGAUGUUGUACAAACCACAAUGAAGAUCGAGAAGACUAUCCACGAAGAGGUAAACGGGAAAGCGGACAUUGACAAGGAGAAAAUUCAGAAGGAAGAAAAAAAAGAUGUCGAAAAACCUGCUGCAGAAAUAAAAUCCGAUACGUCGGAACCGAAAGCACCCGAGACAGAAAAAGAGAUGGGCGACGAUAUCAAAGAAAAGAGUGGCGGCUUCUUCGGUAUGUUUAAGAGCCCGAAACUCAAAAGCAAAAAGAGAAGCAGAUCCCGAGAGCAUAGUUCUUCGAAGGAUACCUCUUUUGAUAGCGGAGACGAAGACAUUCGAUUGGCAACGGCGAAACUUCUAGAAGACACAAUACAGAUGGCAGAGAACUUGAAGCAAGCUGAAGAAGAGUUACCAGAGAGUGUUACAAGAACUCCGCCUAUAGAUGAGAAGAUAAAAAAAUCUAUCAUUCCCGAAGAUGAAGCUGUUGAAAAAGAUAAGGGAAGCGGCAUUUUCGGUAUAUUUAGAAGUCCCAAACAAGCGAGAGGUUCCAGAUCCAGGAGUAGAUCUAAGGAGAAGACACCUUCGCUCGAACUGCCAGAUAGUGGCCACGAAGACUUACGAAAAGUAACUACAGCGUUCCUGGAAGAUUCGCGGAAUAUGGCGAAUAUCAUGGGCGAAUUGACAGAUUCGAAAGAUAAAGAUGAUAAAUUAUCAAGAGAGAUAAAAACAGUUGACCAGCACAUCACAAUUGCAGCAGAAGACGUUAGUAAAGCCGUCCAGGAUGGUAAAGACGUGAUUGCCAAAAAAGUAGAAGAGAAAACACACGAUGUCGUCGAUAGCGUUGAAACUGCAAAAGACAAAACGACUAAGGAAGCAAAGAAAGCGAAAGACAAAGGUACAGGAUUCCUAUCGGGGAUAUUUAAAGGUGCGAAGCAUGCUGUAGAGGAAACAUCCGACGUCAAGGAAUUCUUGGACGAUACGAAGAAAGAAGCUGCUUUAGAGGAAGCACGAGCCAAAGAAGCGGCAGCCACUGGCUUGAAAGAUCUCGAAGCGAAAAAAGAUGCUUUAAUAACAGGCGCGAAGGACAUUGCUGACAGAACUGUUACCGACAUUAAAGAAUCCAAAAAUAAGACGGUGUCCAUUGUGAAGGGAAAGAAAGAAAAAGUCUCGGAGAAGAUUUCGAAAGACGUAGAGAAGGCAACGGAUCAUGCAAAAGCAGCUACUGAAAAAGCUAUAACAGAUACAAAGAAAGUGAGUGAAAAAAUAGAAGGCACUGCGAAGGAUGCUGUACAAGCAGGUACAGAAUUCAAAGAUACAAUCAUUACGGAGAUAAAGGAGGAUACAAAAAUGGUGGAAGAAAAAUUAUCAUCCGGGGUUGAAUCAACUGAAGAUACUGCAACAUCUGCUAAGGACAAAGCUACCAAAGAAGCGAAAAAAAUUAAAGAGAAAGGAAGCGGUUUCUUCUCUGGCAUAUUCAAAGGUGCGAAACAUGCCGUAGAAGAUGCAGCUGACGAUGUUAAAGAAUUUAUGGACGAAGCGAAAAAGGAAGCUGCAUUAGAAGAAGAACGAGCCAAAGAAAAAGCUGCUGCAAGUCUGAAAGAUCUGAAAGAUAAAAAAGACACAGCUGUUAGUGAUGUUCAAGAAACUGUGGACAAAACCGCCGAAAAAGUGAAAGAAGCAAAACACAAAACCGCCGAAAAAAUGAAAGAAGCAAAAGACAAAACAGUUUCUGCAUUAAAAGAUCAAAAGGAUAAAGUUGUCGAGGAAGUCUCCAAAGAUGCACAAAAAGUUGCUGACGCUACGAAAGCAGCUGGUGAGAAAGUAACAGAUGAAACGAAGAAAAUCGGAGAAAAAAUAGAGGAAACUUCGGCAGAUGUUGCACAAGCUGCCAAGGAUACUAAAGAUGCAGUAAUUAAAGAGGUAAAAGAUGAUACAAAAUUAGUGAAAGGAAAAUUAGCAGCUGGCGCUGAUGCGGCAGCAGAAGCUGCGGAUAGCGCAAAAGAAAAAGUGACAAAAGAAACAAAGAAAGCUAAAGAAAAAACAACUGGUUUCUUCUCCGGUAUUUUUAAAGGUACGAAACACGCCGUAGAAGAUGCAACAGAUGACGUUAAAGAAUUCUUGGAUGAGACGAAAAAAGAAGCUGAAAUGGAAGAAGAACGUGACAAAGAAAAGGCUGCUGCAAGUCUGAAAGAUCUGAAAGAUAAAAAAGACACUGCUGUUAGUGGAGUUCAAGAAACAUUGGACAAAGCUGCCGAUAAAGUGAAAGAAGCAAAAGAUAAAACAGUGUCUGCAGUAAAAGACACAAAAGAUAAAGUUGUCGAGGAAGUUUCCAAAGAUGCACAGAAAGUUGCUGACGCUACGAAAGCAGCUGGUGAGAAAGUAACAGAUGAAACGAAGAAAAUCGGAGAAAAAAUAGAGGAAACUUCGGCAGAUGUUGCACAAGCUACCAAGGAUACUAAAGAUGCAGCUAUUAAAGAGGUAAAAGAUGAUACAAAAUUAGUGAAAGAAAAAUUAACUGCUGGCGCUGAUGCGGCAGCACAAGCUGCAGACAGUGCAAAGGAAAAAGCGACAAAAGAAGCAAAAAAAGCUAAAGAAAAAACAACUGGCUUCUUUUCCGGUAUUUUUAAAGGUGCGAAACAUGCCGUAGAAGAUGCGACGGAUGACGUAAAAGAAUUCUUGGAUGAGACGAAAAAAGAAGCUGAAAUGGAAGAAGAACAUGCCAAAGAAAAGGCUGCUGCAAGUCUGAAAGAUCUGAAAGAUAAAAAAGACACUGCUGUUAGUGGAGUUCAAGAAACAUUGGACAAAGCUGUCGAUGAAGUGAAAGAAGCAAAAGAUAAAACAGUGUCUGCAGUGAAAGACACAAAAGAUAAAGUUGUCGAGGAAGUUUCCAAAGAUGCACAGAAAGUUGCUGACGCUGCAAAAGCAGCUGGUGAGAAAGUAACAGAUGAAACGAAGAAAAUCGGAGAAAAAAUAGAGGAAACUUCGACAGAUGUUGCACAAGCUACCCAGGAUACUAAAGAUGCAGCUAUUAAAGAGGUAAAAGAAGAUGCAAAAUUAGUAAAAGAAAAAUUGGCAGCAGGCGCUGAUGCGGCAACAGAAGCUGCGGACAGUACAAAGGAAAAAGUGACAAAAGAAACAAAGAAAGCUAAAGACAAAACAACUGGUUUCUUCUCCGGUAUUUUUAAAGGUACGAAACACGCCGUAGAAGAUGCAACAGAUGACGUUAAAGAAUUCUUGGAUGAGACGAAAAAAGAAGCUGAAAUGGAAGAAGAACGUGGCAAAGAAAAAGCUGCUGCAAGUCUGAAAGAUCUGAAAGAUAAAAAAGACACUGCUGUUAGUGGAGUUCACGAAACAUUGGACAAAGCUGCCGAUGGAGUGAAAGAAGCAAAAGAUAAAACAAUUUCUACACUAAAAGACCAAAAGGAUAAAAUUGUAGAGGAAGUUUCCAAAGAUGCACAGAAAGUUGCCGACGCCACGAAAACAGCUGGUGAAAAAGUAGCAGAUGAAACGAAGAAAAUCGGAGAAAAAAUGAAGGAAAGUGCAACAGAAGUUGCACAAGCUGCUAAGGAUACUAAAGAUGCAGCAAUUAAAGAGGUAAAAGAUGAUACAAAAUUAGUGAAAGGAAAAUUAGCAGCUGGUGCUGUUGCUGCUUCAGAAAUUGCAGAUAGUACGAAGGAUAAAGCGACAAAAGAAACGAAAAAAGCUAAAGAAAAAACUAGUGGUUUCUUUUCUGGCAUUUUCAAAGGUGGAAAACAUGUUGCUGAAGAUGCAUCUGAUGAUGUUAAAGAAUUUUUGGAUAAAACAAGAAAAGAAGCUUCUUUAGAAAAAGAACAUAUUAAGGAAGAAGUUACGGCAAGUAUUAAAGAUUUGAAAGAUAAGAAGGAUACAGUCGUUACCGAAGUUCAACAAACUGCAGACACAGCCUUCUUUGAUAUAAAAGAAGCUAAGGAUAAAACUGUUUCUGUAAUAAAAGAUAAGAAAGAUAAACUUGUAGAAGAAGUGUCGAAAGAUGCUGAAAAAGUGACCGAUGCAACAAAAGCAGUCGGUGAAAAAGUAACAGCAGAAACAAAGGAGGUAGGUGAAAAGAUGGAAUAUGCCGCGGCAGAUGUUGCGAAAACUGCUAAGGAGACUAAAGAUGUAGCUGUCAAGGAGAUAAAGGAAGAUACGAAAUUAGUGAAAGAAAAAUUGGCAGAAGGUACUGAUGCUGCUGUCAUGACGGUAGAUAGCACAAAGGAUAAAGCGACGAAACAGGUAAAGAAAACAAAGGAAAAAACAACUGGUUUCUUCUCCGGUAUUUUUAAAGGUGCCAAGCACGCUGUAGAAGAUGCGGCUGACGAUGUUAAAGAAUUUAUGGAUGAGACGAAAAAGGAUGCUGCGUUUGAAGAGGAACGUGCCAAAGAAAAGGCUGCUGCAAGUCUGAAAGAUCUGAAAGAUAAAAAAGACGCUGUUGUCAUUGGAGUUCAAGAAACUGUGGAUGAAGCCGUCGAUAAAGGGAAGGAAGCAAAAGAGAAAGCAGUCUCUGCAGUAAAAGACAAAAAGGAUGAAAUUGUUGAAGAAAUUUCCAAAGGUACUCAGAAAAUUUCCGAUACCGCGAAAACAACUGAUGAGAAAAUAACAACGGAAACAAAGAAAAUUGGUGAAAUAAUAGGAGAUACCGCGACGGAUAUUGCGCAUACUGCCAAGCACACUAAAGAUGCAGCAGUUAAAGAAGUGAAAAAGGAUACAAAGAAAGUUAAAGAUAAACUGAUAGCAGAUGUCAAUGUUGCUGCAGAAACCGCGGAAGGUGCGAAGGAUAAAGCAACGAAAGAAGCAAAAAAGGUUAAAGAAAAAACCAGUGGUUUUCUGUCUGGUAUAUUUAAAGGCGCUAAACAUACUGUGGAAGAUACAACUGACAACGUCAAAGAAUUUUUGGAUGAAACGAAAAGAGAAGCAUCAUUAGAAAAAGAACGUAUUAAAGAAGAUGUUGCUGCAAAUAUUAAAGAUUUGAAGGAUAGAAAAGAUGCCGUGAUUGCAGGAAUUCAAGAAACUACAGACAAGGCCAUUAUUGACGCAAAAGACACGAAAGAUAAAACAGUAUCUGCAAUGAAAGACAAGAAAGAUAAGGUUGUCGAAGAAAUUUCCAAAGAUGCGCAGAAAGUUGCCGAUACCACGAAAGCGGUUGGUGAGAAAGUAGCGGAUGAAACGAAGAAAAUCGAAGAAAAAAUAGAGGAAACUGCGACAGAAGUUGCACAAGCUACCAAAGAUACUAAAGAUGCAGCAAUCAAAGAGGUAAAAGAUGAUACAAAAUUAGUGAAAGAAAAAUUAAUUGCUGGCGCUGAUGCGACAGCACAAGCUGCAGACAGUGCAAAGGAAAAAGCGACAAAAGAAGCAAAAAAAGCUAAAGAAAAAACAACUGGUUUCUUCUCCGGUAUUUUUAAAGGUGCGAAACACGCCGUAGAAGAUGCGACAGACGAUGUUAAAGAAUUCUUGGACGAGACGAAGAAAGAAGCUGAAAUGGAAGAAGAACGUGCCAAAGAAAAGGCUACUGCAAGUUUGAAAGAUCUGAAAGAUAAAAAAGACGCUGUUGUCACUGAAGUUCAAGAAACUGUGGAUGAAGCCGUCGAUAAAGGGAAGGAAGCAAAAGACAAAACAGUUUCUGUAAUAAAAGACAAAAAGCAUAAAGUUGUCGAGGAAAUUUCCAAAGAUGCGCAAAAAGUUACCGACGCCACGAAAGCAGCUGGUGAGAAAGUAGCAGAUGAAACUAAAAAAAUCGGAGAAAAAAUAGAGGAAACAGUGACAGAAGUUGCACAAACUGCCAAGGAUACUAAAGAUACAGCAAUUAAAGAAGUAAAAGAAGAUACAAAAUUAGUGAAAGAAAAAUUAGCAGCAGGUGUUGAGGUGGCAGCGGAUGCUGCAGACGGUGCAAAGGAUAAAGCGUCAAAAGAAGCGAAAAAAGCUAAGGAAAAAACAGGUGGCUUCUUUUCUGGUAUAUUUAAAGGCGCUAAACAUGCCGUAGAAGAUGCUGCUGACGAUGUCAAAGAAUUUAUGGAUGAGACGAAGAAGGAAGCUGUUUUGGAGGAAGAACGUACCAAAGAAAAAAUUGCUGCGGAGCUUAAAGAUUUGAAGGAUAAAAAGGACGUUGUUGCAACUAAAGUUCAAGAAUCGGUAGACAAAACCAUCACUCAUGUGAAAGACACGAAAGAUACAACAGUUGCUUCUGUAAAAGAUAAGAAAGAUAAAAGUGCAGAGAAACUUUCCAAAGACGUACAAAAAGUUGCCGAUACUACAAAAACAGCCGGUGAAAAAGUUGCAUCAGAGACGAGGAAGUUCGGUGAAAAAAUAGAAGAAACUGCAACAGAUGUCGUACGAGAUGUGAAAGAUGCUAAAGAAGAAGCAGUUAAGGAAAUGAAAGAGGAUACAAAAUUCGUAAAAGAUAAAUUAGCAGAAAGUGCUGAUGUUGCUGCGGAAGUUGCGGAAAGUGCAAAAGAUAAAACAACAAAAGAAGCGAAGAAAGUUAAAGAAAAAACUGGUGGAUUCUUUUCUGGUAUAUUUAAAGGUGCAAAACACACUGCGGAAGAUGUAUCUGAAGAUGUGAAGGAACAUGUAAGCGAUGCCAAAAAGGAAGCGACUAAAGAAUUGGAAAGGUUAGAACGUAAGAAAGAUGAUAUGAUGCAUAGUACAAAGGAUGCCGUGGACAAAACCGUUAAGAGUGUGGAAGAUGCCGAAGAUAGAACAGUUUCUAUCGCGAAAGAUACGAAAGACAAAUUGGUAGACACAGCUGCCAAAGACAUGGACAAAGCAGCACAUGAUUUGAAAGCAGCUCGUGAUGACGUAAUCACAAAGACCAAAGAAGUAGUCGAUAAAGUAGAAACUUCCGUGGCAGAUGUUGGACAUGAUGUGAAAGAUAUUAAGGAUACAGCUGUUACAGAAGCAAAAGAAGAUGCUAACGUUAUAAAGGAAAAAUUGGCUGCCAAAGCUGAAUCUAUAUCGGAUUCAGUAGAAGUCACUAAAGACAAGGCAACUAAAGAGGCGAAGAAAGCUAAGGAAAAAGCUACUGGAUUUUUUUCGGGAAUAUUUAGAGGAUCGAAACAUUCUACGGACAGCGCAGUGGAUGAUGUAAAAGAAUUCCUGGACGAAACGAAAAAGGAGGCAGCAUUAGAGCAAGCGCAUGUCAAGGAAGCAGCAGAAGCCGAACUAAAAACUCUGGAGCAUGAAACAGACCGCAUGAUUUCCGAAGCGAAAGAAACAAAAGAUCGUGUUACUGAGAAAAUAGUUGACCAAGUCGAAAAGACUAUCGACGCCACUAAAGUGGCAGGCGAUAAAGUAGUUACAGAUGAAAAACGAAUUAUCGAUGACAUCGCGCAAGGUGUUGCAGAUGUUAAAGAUAGCGUGGCAAAAGAAGUAAAGGAAGAUGUACAAGCAGCAAAAGAUAAAUUACAAGCAGGUGGUGAUGCUGUAGCAGAAAGUGCUACAACUACGAAAGAUAAAGUAAUUAAGGAAUCAAAAAAAGCUAAAGAAAAGGGUAGUGGUUUUCUUUCGGGAAUAUUUAAGAGCGCAAAGCAUUCUGUAGAAGAAGUAUCUGACGAUGUAAAAGAAUUUGUAGACGAGACAAAGAAGGAAACCACUCUGAAACAAGAGCAAGCCAAAGAAAAAAUCGUUGAAGGUGUCAAAGACUUGAAAGAUACAAAAGAAGCUCUUGUUACUAGUAUUCAAGAUGUUGCUGAUAAAACCGUUAUUGACGCAAAAGCUAUUAAAGACAAAACUGUCUCUGCAGUAAAAGACAAAAAGGAUAAAGUUGUCGAGGAUGUUUCUAAAGAUGCGCGUAAAGUUGCUGACACCACGAAAGCAGCUGGUGAGAAAGUAGCAGAUGAAACGAAAAAAAUCGGAGAAAAAAUAGAGGAAACUGCGGCAGAUGUUGCACAAGCUACCAGGGAUACUAAAGAUGCAGCUAUUAAAGAGGUAAAAGAAGAUGCAAAAUUAGUAAAAGAAAAAUUAACUGCAGGUGCUGAUGCUACCGUAGAAGCUGCGGAUAGUACAAAGGACAAAGUGACAAAAGAAGCAAAGAAAGCUAAAGAUAAAACAGGUCGCUUCUUUUCUGGUAUAUUUAAAGGCGCCAAACAUGCUGUAGAAGAUGCAACUGGUGAUGCCAAAGAAUUUCUGGAUGAGAAAAAAAGAGAAGCUUCAAUAGAAAAAGAACAUGCUAAAGAAGAGAUUACUCGAGGACUUAAAGAUUUGAAAGAUGAGAAAGAUACGAUUGUUUCUGGUAUUCAACAGGCUGCAGACAAAGGUGCCGAUGACGCGAAAGAGGCAAAAGAUAAAGUUAUUUCUGUUGCUAAAGACAAAAAGGAUAAAAUUGUGGAAAAAAUUUCGACGGACGUACAGAAGGUUGCCGAUGCGACGAAAGCAAGCGGUGAAAAAGUAGCAGCAAAAACGAAAGAAGUUGGUGAGAAAAUAGAAGAAUCUGCAUCGGAUGUUGUGCAAGAUAUUAAAGAUACUAAAGAUACGGCAGUUAAGGAAUUAAAAGAAGAUACAAAAUUAGUAAAAGAAAAAUUGACAGCAGGUGCUGAUGCUGCUGUAGAAACUACGGACAGCGUAAAGGACAAAGCCACAAAAGAAGCGAAAAAGGCUAAGGAAAAAACAGGUCGUUUCUUUUCUGGUAUAUUUAAAGGAGGAAAACAUGCCGCAGAAGAGACAACUGACGAUAUUAAGGAAUUCUUGGAGGAAACAAAAAGAGAAGCUUCAUUAGAAAAACAACGUGCUAAAGAAGAAGUUGCUGCAGGUCUUAAAGAUUUGAAAGAUAAGCAAGACGCUGUUAUUACUGGAGUUCAAGAGGCCGCAGACAAAGCCAUCACCGAUGUAAAAGAUGCAAAAGAUAAAACAGUUUCUACACUAAAGGACCAAAAAGAUAAAGCGGUCGAGAAAGUUGCCGACGUCACGAAAGCAGCUAGUGAGAAAGUAGUAGAUGAAACGAAGAAAAUCGGAGAAAAAAUAGAGGAAACUGCGGCAGAAGUUGCACAAACUGCCAAGGAUACUAAAGAUACAGCAAUUAAAGAGGUAAAAGAUGAUGUAAAGUUAGUGAAAGAAAAAUUAGCAGCAAGGAUUGAUGUAGCAGCGGAUGCUGCAGACAGUGCAAAGGAUAAAGCGUCAAAAGAAGCGAAAAAAGCUAAGGAUAAAACAGGUGGCUUCUUUUCUGGUAUAUUUAAAGGCGCUAAACAUGCCGUAGAAGAUGCUGCUGACGAUGUUAAAGAAUUUAUGGAUGAUACAAAGAGAGAUGCUCAAUUGGAAGAAGAACAUGCUAAGGAAAAAAUUGCAUCGGAACUUAGAGACUUGAAAGAUAAAAAAGAUGCAGCGGCAACAGGUGUAAAAGAUGUUGCAGAUAAAGCUACAGCUGACAUGAAACAUGCAAAAGAUAAAACAAUUUCUGGUGUUAAAGAUCAAAAGGAUAAAAUUAUCGAAGAAAUCUCCAAAGAUACGCAGAAAGUUGCUGAUACCACAAAAGCAGUUGGCGAGAGCGUAGCAGCGGAAACGAAAAAGAUCGGUGAAAAAAUAGGCGAAACUGCCGCAGAUGUUGGCCAUGCUACCAAGGACAUUAAAGAUGCUACAAUUACUGAAGUAAAGGAAGAUGCAAAGAAAAUUGAAGAUAAAUUAAAAGCAGGCGUUGAUGCGGCUGCAGAAGCUGUUGAUAGCGCAAAAGAUAAAACGUCGAAAGAAGUGAAGAAAGCUAAGGAAAAAACAGGUGGUUUCUUCUCUGGUAUCUUCAAAGGUGCGAAACAUGCUGUAGAAGAUGCAGCAGACGAUGUCAAAGAAUUUUUAGAUGAAACAAAACAUGAGGCAGAAUUGGAAGAAGCUCGUAUUAAAGAAGCAGCAGUUACUGAUUUGAAAAAAUUGGAACAUAAGAAGGAUGCUGUUGUCAGUGAUGUAAAAGACACUGCAGAUCGAACUGUCGCUGAAAUAAAAGAAGCUAAGGAUAAAACUGUCGCCGCAGCAAAAGAUACGACAGAUACAGUCACUAAGAAAGUUUCGGAAGAUAUUCAGAAAGCUACUGAUGCAGGUAAAGCUGCUAAAGACAAAGCAGCAUCAGAAGUAAAGAAAGCUGGUGAGAAAUUGGAUUCAACAGUACAAGACAUUGCACACGGGAUUUCGCAUUCGAAAGAUGCAGCCAUUAAAGAAGCUAGAGAUGAAAGCAAAGUAAUGAAAGAAAAAAUGACAGCUGGAGUUGAAGCUGUGACUGAAAGUGCUGAGACUGUUAAGGAUAAAGCGGUUAAAGGGGCAAAGAAGACAAAGGAAAAAGGGUCCGGUUUUCUGUCAGGCAUAUUUAAAGGUGCCAAACAUUCUGUUGAAAGCGCAGCAGAUGAUGUCAAAGAAUUUCUAGAUGAAACGAAACGUGAAGCAGAAUCGGAAGAAGCUCGUGCUAAGGAAGCGGCUGGGUUGAAGGAAUUGGAACAUAAAAAAGAUGCUGUUGUUAUUGGCAUAAAAGAUACGACUGAUCAAGCUGUUGUUGGAAUAAAAGAUGUCAAAGAUAAGACUGUUGCCGCAGCCAAAGAUACAAAAGAAAAAGUUAUUGGAAAAGUCUCGGAAGAUAUUCAAAAGGCUACAGAUGCGAGUAAAGCUGCUAAAGAUAAAGUGACAGCAGAAGUAAAGAAAGUUGGUGAGAAAUUGGAUUCAACGACACAGGAUGUUGCACAAAAAGUUGCAGAUACCAAAGAUGCGGUUGUCAAGGAAGUACAGGAUGAUACGAAAAAGGUGAAAGAAAAAUUAAUAACCGAAAUUGAACAAGCAGCAAUAGAUGCGAAACAUGCAAAGGAUAAAGCAGUUUCUGUUGUUAAAGAUCAAAAGGAUAAAUUUGCCGAGGAAGUUUCCAAAGACGUGCAGAAAGUUACCGAUGGCACGAAAGCAGUCGGCGAGAAAGUAGUAGCAGAAACGAAAAAGACCGGUGAAAAAGUAGAAGAAACCGCGACAGACGUUGCACAAGCUUCCAAGGAUAUUAAAGAUGCAGCGGUUAAAGAAGUGAAAAAAGAUACAAGGAAGAUAAAAGGACAAUUGACAGCAACCGCUGACUCUGCCGCGGAGGUUGUAGACAGUGCAAAAGAUAAAGCGAGAAAAACGAAGGAAAAAACAAGUGGCUUUUUUUCCGGGAUAUUUAAAGGUGCAAAGCAUGCUGUAGAAGAUGCAUCUGGCGACGUCAAAGAAUUCUUGGACGAAACGAAAAGAGAAGCUUCUAUAGAAAAAGAACGCGCUGAGAAAGAAAUGGCUGCUGAUCUCAAAACUUUAAAAGACAAAAAAGAUUCUACGAUAGCCGGAGUUCAGGAGGUAAUAGACAAAACUGUCGCUGAUGUGAAAGAUGCGAAGGAUAAAACAGUUUCUACCAUAAAAGAUGAAAAAGACAAAGUUACUGAUGACAUUUCCAAAGAUGUUCAUAAAAUUACCGAUACCACAAAGGCAGUUGGUGAGAAAGUCGUAACAGAAACGAAAAAAAUUGGUGGAGAAAUAGAAACAACCGCGGAAGAUGUUACACAAAGUGUUAUAGAUGCUAAGGAUGCAGUGGCUAUAAAAGUGAAAGAUGAUGCAAAAAAAUUGGUGAAAGAAAAAGUGUCAUCUGAUAUAAGCGCUGUAGCCGAUGGUAGUCAGGCUGCUAAAGAUAAAGCGACUAAAGAUGUGAAGAAAGUUAAAGAAAAAGGUUCCGGUUUUCUAUCGGGAAUAUUUAAAGGUGCCAAGCAUUCUGUUGAAAGCGCAGCAGACGAUGUCAAAGAAUUUCUAGAUGAAACAAAACGAGAGGCAGAACUGGAAGAAACUCAUGCUAAGGAAGCAGCAGCGGCUGGAUUGAAAGAAUUAGAACAUAAAAAGGAUGCUGUCGUUACUGAUGUAAAAGAUACAACUGAUCAAGCUGCUGCUAGAAUAAAAGGUACUAAGGAUAAGACUAUGACUGCAGCGAAAGAUACAAAAGAAAAAGUCAUUGAAAAAGUCUCGGAAGAUAUUCAGAAGGCUACAGAUGCAGGUAAAGCUGCUAAAGACAAAGUGACAGCAGAAGUAAAGAAAGUUGGUGAUAAAUUUGAUUCAACAGCACAGGAUGUUGCACAAAAAGUUGCAGAUACUAAAGAUGCGGUUGUCAAGGAAGUACAGGAUGAUACGAAAAAGGUGAAAGAGAAAUUGGCAGGAGAAGUCGAAACUGUGGCCCAUGGUGCUGAAACAGCUAAGGAUAAGGCAACUAAAGAAGCGAAAAAAACUAAAGAAAAGGGAUCCAGUUUUCUCUCGGGAAUAGUUAAAGGUGCGAAACAUGCUGUUGGAAGCGCAAGGGACGACGUUAAAGAAUUUCUGGACGAGACAAAGUACGAGGCGAAAUUAGAAGAAGCUCGUGCUAAAGAAAUUGCAACGGUUGGUGUGAAGAAACUGGAACACAAGAAAGAUGUUAUUGAUAGCGCAAAGGAUGUUACAAAAGAAAUAGUAACUGAUGUUAAGGACGCUAAAGAUAAAAUUUCUGACUCAGUGAUUCAAGUAGCGGACACUACGAAGAUUGCAGUUGAUAAGCUAGCGACUGAAACAAAGAAGGUUGGUGAAAAAAUAGAAUCUAAAACCACGGAUAUUGCACAUGGUAUAGGGCAUGCCAGAGAAAGUCUCGAUAAAGAAAUAAAAGAGGAUACAAAGGCGGUGAAGGAUAAAUUAUUAACAAGUGCCGAUGCUGUCGCCGACGGCGCCAAAGCAGCCAAAGACGAACUUGCGAAAGAUGCUAAAAAGGCGAAGGACACGGGUUCAGAUUUCCUAUCUGGAGUUAUUCAGAGUGCAAAGCAAACAGGAAAGGAAAUUUCCGACGACGUGAAAGACUUUCUGGAAGUAACCAGGCAAGAAGCAGCUGCUGAUGAAGCACUCGCUAGAGAAGCCGCGGCGACAAAAUCAAAAGAACUGGAAAAAGCGAAGGAUAAAGCCGUUGUUGAAAUUAAAACCUCUACGGGUAAAGUUGUGAAAGGCACGAAAGACGCUAAGGAGAAGAGUCUUUCCAGUAUAAAAGGUGCAAAGGACAAAACGAUCUCUACUGUGAAAGCGGCGGGAAGUAAGAUAGGGCAUAGUGUGACGCAAGCCGGGGAAAAAGUUAAAUCUACUAAUCAAGAUGUGACACAGAAAACUAAACGCGCCAAAGAUGCCAUUGUAAGCGAAGCAAAGGAAGAUACACGAGUAGUGAAAGGAAAAUUGGCUACUGGCACAGGUGCAGUCGCUAGUACGGCAGAGACUGUUAAGGACAAAACCGCGAAAGAUACUAAAAAGAUCAAACAAAAAUCAGGCAGUUUUUUAUCAGGCGUGGUUAAGAGCGCCAAACACGCAGUAGAAGAUGCAACGGAUGAUAUGAAGGACUUCCUGGAAGAGACCAAGCAAGAAGCAACCGCGGAAGAAGCUCGUACUAAGAGCGAUCUCGCUCAAGCGAAAGAUAAAUCCGCCAAAUCUACAAUUGAUGCGAAGAACAAAUCUGUCAGUGCCGUUAAAACUACGAGAAAGACUCCCCCGAAGUCACAAUUACCAGUGGACGCGAAAGGCACGGGCAAAGCUUCGCCUAUCACUAAGAGAACGGGCAAGGUGACUGAAACGCCAGCGACAAAAAGAAACGGUGAUAGAGUAGGAUCGAAACGCACAGGCGAGAUUGCUCAGGAGGUAGUUCGUAGAUCCGAUAUAGCUGGCAGGUCAGAGACGUCCGGUGGCGUCGAGCAUUUAACCGAGACAGUUAGCGUUAAGAAAGUAUCUCGCAUUCCACAAAAGAAAAGUUCGGGUAAGGAGACAGGGUCAGACGAUUCGGGUAAUUCGCGUAGAGUAGUAGAGACAGUAACCACGGUAGGGCACCCCGAGCCUCGCACACGGCACUCCGUCACCACAAUCGUGACAAAGUCUGUGCGAACGACCCCACCGCCACCCAGUUCACUCGCCGAGUUCACUGACAGUAGAACCGAAGACGUGACCAAAGAGGCUGCACGACGGGCACAAAACCUGGCGGACCAGGCGUACACCUCGACGAAAACAGGGCAUGAUUCGGCUGAGAUUGAUGGGACUGUAGAGAGGCAUGCUACUUCUGCUCCAUCAAAACAACCUGUUCCCGCCCCGCGUCUCUCCACCACCAAGCCGUCUACCAAACCCGAGUUCCAUCUGGAGCUUAGUGAUGCCUCACGAACACAUAAAACGGUCGAGCAGCCUUCCAAGCCAACGCAGGAGAUGCAGUUACCGAGCAAGAGCAGUCCAAAGAGCAAGAUACCUUUUAAAAUCGAUCCUCUGGUGCCUAAAUCGAGCGACGAUCCCAAAUCCGUCCCAUUAAAGUUCUCGGAAGAUCACAUCAUUGAUCCACAGGCGGUUUCGCGAACCGUCAAAUACGUUACUGAAGAUACAGAUGGAGAGUUGAUCAAAGAGACAAUAGAGGAGAAAAAGAAAGUAUCGAACGAUGCGAUCCAGACAGUCAAAACGGACGAUCUGACCGAGAUAAGUGGCAAAACGGAAUUAAUUCCUUCCGUAGAGCAAAUACGAACAACUACAGUGACCAACAAUUCGUCGAUCGAUCCUACGAAAUUGAAGGAACUAUUGGAGACUGGUGGUAUUGUAGAGAUGGUGAGAACUGUGACUUUGACGUCAGAGGAUAGUACUUUGCAACCUGUAACGCGUGAGGAGGUUGUCAAGAGGAUAAAUCAAGUCGCUAAUACGCUACCCAGCGAGAUCUUCGAUUUCGGUGACUCCUCUACCACUAUGAUAAAGACCGACAAAUCGGAGCCUGACGGUGUCGUACAGAUGGUGCAACGCGUGAUGUCGGAGACGUCGGAGAUCGAGAAGACCGAAAGGGUGGUGAGAACGAUGACUUCCAGCAGUGGUGGCGACGGCUACGGGGACGCGGAGUCCGCCCUAAGAAGCCUUCAGGAACAAUUAACGAGAUCCGAAAUCGGAGAAACCGCCUCUUGGACAGCAGCGAAUGAACAAUGGGAGGUGCAGUAUUCGCAAGACACAUCACCUGGUUCUGGAAAUGGUGGUGUUGACACGUUUGCCAGCAACAACAACAACAAUAACAACAACAAGAACGAUGGUAGUUCAAGGCACGAUAUGCACAGCGACACCGAUAGUGACGGUUCGCCGCAACCUAGAAGAAGAUCCCCGAGCAAGAGGCGUACGUUGGGCAGUUCCAGCGGGUCGGAUGUAGCACUGCACGAAGGUGCGGAGCUGUCCCCGUUGGAGGACGACCAAGAAUCUGACUUUUUGCAACAUAGCGAGCCAUCCUUCAUGGAAACGACAACGAUCGAGGUGGAUCCUGUCACUCAGGAAAGUAUAACGACAACCACGCGAACGGAAACGAGGACGAUAUCAUCCACGGAAACUGGUGGUACGGACGAUUUGCGAGAAUCGAUGCAAAAGAUCAUGGACACGUUCAUGUCGGAAGAGAGGAAGGAUCAUUAGGAGUAACGUGUAUGUUCCACCCUUCGAAUUUGCAAUAGGAAGAGAAGAAGAAAUCGUCGUCGGGUUCUCGACAUCGUUCCCUUCGUCGAUUAUUGGAUCCUUUACCUUUGGAGGGAAGCACUUCAAUGGCCCUCGGAUUUGACGUCUUCUUGGGGGUCGAGCGAAGAAUUUACGAUCGUGAUAGAACCGGGGGCGUAUGAAGAUGCUCGCUCCUUCGGGGUGCUAUCUCCCUCAAACCACACAAAAGCAUGCACAAUGAUUUACUAUCACGCUCAUGGCCUAUGCUUCGAGUUUGCUUGCCUUUCCGUUCCGCUCGGUUGCCUUAUCUCUUUGCGUUCGUCGGAAUCUCGCAAUCGAAGAUGAAUAAUGAUGAUGACGAUGAUGAUGAUGAUAAUGUAUUUGCGUAUGUCGUUGCUAGUCCGACUAGCCGAUUCGCGCUAGUCUUCACUAUGCCAACCCGUCCAUGUAUGUGCUUUUUCGUGUUGUUUGAAGAUGUAAUGCGAAAUGGAAGGGAAAGUAUCAAGUGUGGAGACGAUGGGGCAUGUCGAGAAGAAACGCGAAAAAAGCGGGAACGCAA